AAAUUAGGGCUUUAUCUUAUCUUCGCGAUUCUCUCAUUUCCUCCCUCUAAAAUUCCCCGGCGACACAGUUCACCGGAAAUCGUAGAAUAAAUCAGAUUCUUUCUCUUUAGUAUGAAACAAUGAAUUUGAUCUCAAGAACAUUGACAAGAGCAGUGUCUUCGUCACUAUACCACUCAAAAGCAGCGAAGCUCCCCACUCAAAAAUGGAUAAUCUCGCAGCAAAUCCGUGUUUUCUCCGCCACAGUCAUCAGCGGUGGAGGAAAGAAACCUCUGGCAAAAGUAUCUGUGAAACCACCGCUAAAUGUAGCGACGGAGAAAGAAUCGACUCCGCCAAAGAAAAUUGAGUACAAACCGGAAAUUUCAAACUGGAUCAACCUAAUCGGAUUCGUUGAACAACCAGUUCAAUUCGGUCCUUGCUCCGAUGGAAAAUUCUGGGCUGGAACAGUUAUUUCUCAGCGUUCUGGUUCAAAAUCAUCUAAUUUCUGGAUUCCGAUUAUAUUCGAAGGAGAUUUAGCUAAAAUUGCAGUUCAACAUGUAAAGAAAGAAGAUCGGAUUCAUGUUUCCGGGAAGCUGUUUAUUGAUUCGCCUCCUCCAAAUGUGACAUAUUCUCAAUCCAAUGUUCAGGUUAUGGUUCAGAAUCUUAACUUCGUACAAGCUGCUACUUCUACGACUAAGACGAUCUCACCACCUGAAAAAGAAGUUACCAGCAUCAAGAAAAAGCCCGCAAGAUCCAAAAAGGUUAAAGUCAUAGAUGAAGAAACCUCUAAUUCUUGGAAGCAUCUUAUUGAAAAUCCUAAAGAGUGGUUGGAUCACCGUGGGAAUAAAGCUAACGGAUUGGUAAAGCCAGGACAUCCCGAUUUCAAGAUGAAGGUUGGUGGUUUGUCCCUGUGGCUCAGCACAGCUCCUGAUUGGGCUUUGCUAAAACUCGAAGAGCUUAAGUUUGAUGUCUUAGUCCCUAAAGGAAACAUCAAACUGAAUCAACUUAAAGGAGAGGAAUCUUGGAAGGAUUUGGUUCAGAACCCAGACAAAUGGUUAGACAACAGAUCAGAUAAGACAAACGUGAAAUACCCUGACUUCAAGCAUAAAGAGACUGGUGAAGCACUGUGGAUGACCAAUUCUCCUAUUUGGGUACUGUCAAAGUUACCACCUCUAAAGAAGAACCAAGAAAGACCUUUCAUGUCUAAUAAAGUCUCGCAGCUUGAGCUUGACGUUGAAGUACCUAAAGGAAAUCUGAAACAGCUUAAAAGAGAGGAAAUUUGGAAGAACUUGGUUGAGAACCCCAGUAAAUGGUGGGAUAACAGAUUAGACAAGAGAAACCCUAAAGGCCCUGACUUUAAGCACAAGGAGACCGGUGAAGCACUGUGGAUAGGUGAUUCUCCGACUUGGGCGCUGUCAAAGUUACCACCUCUAAAGAAAAACCAAGAAAGACCUGUCAUGGCCUAAGCUUCUCUAGCAGCCUUAUGUUAAUUUUGGCCCCCACUAUGUAAAAAGGCCCUAUGACUUUAUUAUCCAGUCUUAUACAAAGAGAAUUGCUAUAGUAUCAGUGCCACGAAACAUUUUUUUUUUUUUUACGUUACACCCAACCUAUUGUGUGAAUGGGCCAAUAUUUCCCAACUCUAUAAUUUAUCACUUUUAAGUGAACUAUAAAAGUGCCUCGAAAAUUUUGUAGGGGAUAUUUGAAGUCCAUCUAUAAAGUAUAAACUGAAUUUUCAACAAGAAGUUUAUUUGCCUCUCAUCUAAUCUUCAUUUGAGACAAGCAAACUGAGUAAUCUCGCUUAUAUUCGAGAAUUUGGUUUUCUGGUUUCAGUUGGGUCUACAGGAUUAUUGUUUCUCAAGUCACCUGCUACAUUUCUCUGAUCGUCUUGUUGAAAUGUUUGAUUCUGUCCUUGUCCAGAAAACCCUUGUCUAAAUCCUGGAUUUCCUGCUAAUCCAUGUGGAGGACCAUAGUUUCCACCGUUCUGCAUAUUGUAAUUUGCGGGGUUCACUGGAAAUCUUUGGUUGAAGUUUGCAGAUGUUCCUUGACCGUAACCGCCUGGUGUUGCUUGAUUGUAGUUUCCAUGGUAUGGAGGCGCCUGUGCUCCAUGGGCUUGAUUGUAACUAGCCUGAUAUGAAAGCACUGCAUAAUCUUGACCUUCCCAUUGUUCAGGGAUAUGAGUUCCUUGGCCUUGAUUGUUAUACCCCUGGUAUGAAGUCAUUCCACAAUUUGGACAUCGACAUUGUCCAGAAAAUGGAGUUCCUUGGCCUUGAUUGUAACUAAGCUGAUAUUGGGGCCAUUGAAUUCCUUGACCUUGAGGGGGUCCAGGAUACCACUGUCCAAACUGUGCAGGACCAUAGUGUCCACCGUUCUGUGGACUGUAAUUCCAUUGACCUCCUUGGUUGUGAUUUUGUUGUGGUCCUUGGAGAAAGUUACCUUGUGGUGGUCCUUGGUUGUAGUUCACAAAUGCCCAUUGACCAUAAUUGCCUGGUAUUACUUGGUUCGGAGGCACCGGAGCUCCUAAGCCUUGGCUGAAACCCAUCUGAUAUGAAGGUUGACCUUCUUGGCCUUGUCCUGGCAGCGGAGUUCCCUGGCCUUGGUUGUAAUUCCCUCGAUAUGGAGACAAUAACUGACCUCCUUGACCUUGCCCAUAUCCAAAUCUUGGACUUCCUGCUCCUUGUGCAGGACUAUAGUUUCCACCACUCUGUGGAGCGUAAUUCCCUUGGCCCAUUUGGUUGUAUUUUUCUUGUGUCGUUUGGACAACGUUUCCUUGUGGUGGCCCUUGGUUGUAUUGCACAAAUGCUCCUUGACCGUAAUUGUUUGGUGAUUCUUGGUAUGGAGGCGUCUGAGCUCCUUGACCUUGGUGGUAUGGAGGCGUCUGAGCUCCUUGACCUUGG